AUGAUCUUUGAGGUUUUUUUUUAAAAGGAGCGACAGAAGGACAGGGCACAAAGAGUUCACCAGACAGUACGUAUGAAGAUGAAGGUCUUGCCUGUUGCUCUGCUGAUUCUGGCCUUUGGCCUAAUCUCAGAUGCUGUGAUUGUUCAUGAAGGAGAAUUUUCUUUCUCACUUGAAUCGGUGAAAAAGCUUUGGGACAUCCUGGCUAAUGAAGAGCCAAUAAAACAGCUAAAACUCCUUAGUGCACUCCGCGCUGAGAAACUGUGUAAAAACCCACUCCUUCCUGAGGAAUUUAAGCCUCUGUGCCAAAGCAAAAAUGCACAAGUUCAUUUCUCCAGACUUGCACUUCUGUCCAGGAGUAACGAUGUUUGCGAGAUCUGUGCAUUUGCUGCUUGCACUGGUUGCUGAACAUGAUCCAGUAUCAUACCGAGCUUCAAGAUCUGAAAUCUCUCUCUCUCUCAUAUACAUACCUCUAUGAAAUAUGUCUUCAUGUUGUAAUCAAUUUUUAUGUAUAACCACCAUUUAAAAAGAACUUCAAAUUUACCUGUAUUAAGACUCUGUUAUGAUAGACUUAUUAUUCAACACUUUGUAGUAGAAAUUAUGUAUCUUUAUUUUUUUCCUGUGUACUUUAUUAUCAGCAUUUAUUCUGCUUUGAUCAUUAAUUACAUUGAAUCAACAGUUAUAAAACUAUGAU